GAUUGGCAAACGCCACGUAAUGGGCCAUGGCCAUGCUAACCUGCGCCAAGAAAUGGGCGGAGGCAAAUUCGGUUCUGUACUUCUAUUCUGCGCCGCAUCCAGAGAGAGAGAGAGAGAGAGAGAGAGAGAGAGAGGGAGAGACAGAGAGGAGAUGGGCGGGUUGAUGUGUGCUCUGCUGCUGUUUGUGGCUGUACCAUUUGGUACAAGAGGGGAGCACCUGAGUCCCAAAGAAUGUGAGAAUUUAGGGUUUACAGGUCUAGCUCUCUGCUCCGACUGCAAGACACUCGCCGAAUACGUUAAGAACGAGGAAUUGGUAUCUGACUGUUUAAAGUGUUGCACGGAGGAUUCAGAUGAUUCUAUGAGCAAGAUCACAUAUUCUGGUGCAAUAUUGGAGGUGUGCAUGAGGAAACUGGUAUUCUACCCUGAAAUUGUUGCUUUCAUUGAAGAGGAGAAAGAUAAAUUCCCCUUUGUUAAAACUCAAUAUGUUUUCAAUUCUCCACCAAAACUCAUCAUGUUGGAUGAUGAUGGUCAACACAAGGAAACCAUAAGGAUUGACAACUGGAAACGUGAACAUAUACUGCAAUUCCUGAGAGGGAAGGUUAAAUCUACUUCAUCAGAAAUCUAACGUGGGAAAUGAUCCAGUUCUCUCCUCUCCUCUCCUCUCCUCAAUUUACUGUUUCAAUUUUAGACGCGUGGGCCUCAAAUUGAAGAGCAAGGGAUGAUGAUAGUAAAGAGUAAAUACCCUACUUUGGGGUUGUCAAGAAAACUUCGUCACUUUGUUUUAAGAGGAGUUGCUCGUCCAAAUUGCUGUUUAAAUCUAGUUGCAAUGCUUUAGGCUUAAGAAUCCUUUGGGAUAUCUCACGAAGACAAUAUUGUGCCUUCAUGCCCCAAAUGUAAGAAAUGUGAUGGAUCUUUUUGCUAUUACAUUAUGAGGAAUUUAUUUCAGUCCCGACAUGAAAUUUCAUUCUUUA